GCGAGGAGCGGGCGGUGACGGCGCCGCUGGUGGGACCCCCCGGCCCCCCGAAAGUGGCCGCCCCCGAGCGGGAGACGUGGACCCGGCAGAUGGAUUUCAUCAUGUCCUGCGUGGGUUUCGCCGUGGGGCUGGGCAACGUCUGGCGCUUCCCCUACCUGUGCUACAAGAACGGCGGAGGCGUCUUCCUCAUCCCCUACCUGCUCAUCGUCUUCGUGGGCGGCAUCCCCGUCUUCUUCCUGGAGGUGGCCCUGGGGCAGUUCAUGAAGCAGGGAGGCAUCGCCGCCUGGAACAUCGCCCCCCUCUUCAAGGGUCUGGGCCUCGCCUCCAUGGUGAUCGUCUUCUUCUGCAACUCCUACUACAUCAUGAUCCUGGUGUGGGGGCUCUUCUACCUGGUGCACUCACUGACGGACACUCUGCCGUGGGCCACCUGCGGCCACGCCUGGAACACUGAGCAGUGUGCCGAGCUCUUCCACCUCGAGCUCUGCCUCAACGGCAGCACCAAUGCCAGCGUCGGCACUGGACCCUUCAACCUCAGCUGCGCCGACCUAGCCAGCAAGCGCUCGCCUGUCAUCGAGUUUUGGGAGAACAAGGUGCUGCGGCUCUCGGGGGACCUCAGCGAGCCCGGGGAGAUGAACUGGCAGAUGAUCCUCUGCUUGGUCACCACCUGGGUUGUCGUCUACUUCUGCAUCUGGAAGGGCGUCAAGUCGACCGGGAAGAUUGUCUACUUCACGGCACUCUUCCCCUACGUGGUCCUCAUCCUGCUGCUGGUCCAUGGGGUGACACUGCCCGGGGCGUUGGGCGGCAUCGUCUACUACCUGAAACCCGACUGGUCCAAGCUGGCCGAGGCACAGGUCUGGAUCGAUGCUGGCACACAGAUCUUCUUCUCCUACGCCAUCGGGCUGGGCGCCCUGACCGCGCUGGGCAGCUACAACCGCUUCCACAACAACUGCUACAGGGACGCCUACAUCCUGGCCGUGAUCAACAGCUCCACCAGCUUCUUUGCCGGCUUUGUCGUCUUCUCUGUGCUGGGCUUCAUGGCCUCUGAGCAAGGCGUGGACAUCUCCAAGGUGGCCGAGUCUGGCCCCGGGCUGGCUUUCAUCGCCUACCCCAAAGCCGUGACGCUGAUGCCCUUGUCCCCGCUCUGGGCCACGCUCUUCUUCUUCAUGCUCCUCGUGCUGGGGCUGGACAGCCAGUUUGUCGGCGUGGAGGGUUUCAUCACGGGCAUCCUGGACCUGUUCCCCCAGCCGGGGGCUGGCUCGCUUCGCCGCGAGCUCACCGCCGCGCUCUGCUGUGUCGUCUGCUGCCUCAUCGACCUCUCCAUGGUCACGCAGGGUGGCAUGUACGUGUUCCAGCUCUUUGACUACUACUCGGCCAGCGGGAUAACGCUGCUGUGGCAGGCUUUCUGGGAGUGCGUGGUCAUUGCCUGGGUCUACGGCGCCGACCGCUUCAUGGAUGACGUGGCCCGCAUGAUCGGCUACCGGCCCCUGCCAUUCAUGAAGUGGUGCUGGGCCGUAGUGACGCCGCUGGUCUGCGUGGGCAUCUUCGUGUUCCACGUAGUGAACUACAAGCCGCUGACCUACAACAAGACGUACGUGUACCCGUGGUGGGGGGAUGCCAUCGGCUGGGUCCUGGCGCUCUCCUCCAUGCUCUGCAUCCCCUGCACCGUCCUCUACAAGCUCCUGCGCUGCAAAGGCUCCCUGCGCGAGCGCUGGCAGCUCCUGACCACUCCGAUCUGGGGCCAUCACCACCUGGAGUACCUGACGCCCGAGGCAGAAGCCAAGCUGCUGGCCCCAGAGCCCCCCAAGGAGAAGGCGACGCUCUUCGAGACUGUGAUCUGAGCGUGGGGAGGGUCGCGCUGCUCCCGCCCGCCAUAGCAAUAAUGCCAGCACCACCUCCCACCCACGCUGCCCCGCGCCGCCCCGGCCCGCCGGCCUCACCGCAGGGGGGGUGCAUGACUGCAAGGCGGGCGUUGUUGGGGGCCA